UUGCUAAGGUUCCUAGGCGAGGGUGGUGGAGGUAGUGCCGCUAGGCUGGAAGCAGGUGUGAAGUCGGGUGGCUUCAGAGGGAAAUGAGUACAGAGAAUUAGGACCAGGGUAAGAGGAGAAGGAGAGAGUCCCUCAGUAACUAGGACAGAGCUUUGAUGGGGAUUUAGAUGAUAAUUUGAGCCUGGGCAUCUUCCCUUUAGAUGUUGCUGGUCAGCCUCCACCCUCUUCAGCUAGCCAGGCUCUGCAGGAGAGGAAGCUGCAGAACACCACUGACUGCCUGUCCGAGUCCCUGCACUGCCUGAUGCCCAUCAGUCCCUGGGCUGGACUAAGGGAGCUGGGUAGGAGCUGGGCUAUGGGAGCUGGGGGGACAUGACCAGCUCAGAAUCCUUGCUAUUUACGUCUUUAGGCCCCAGCCAAAGUUCUGGAGAUGGACGCUGUACCUUUAACGAGGAGUUCAAGUUCAUCCUGUUGCCUGUGAGCUAUGCGGUUGUCUUUGUGCUGGGCCUAGCCCUCAAUGCUCCAACCCUCUGGCUGUUCCUCUUCCGCCUUCGACCCUGGGAUGCAACAGCCACUUACAUGUUCCAUUUGGCAUUGUCAGACACCUUGUAUGUGCUGUCACUGCCCACCCUCGUGUACUACUAUGCUGCCCGAAACCACUGGCCCUUUGGCGCUGCCUUCUGCAAGUUUGUCCGCUUUCUCUUCUAUUGGAACCUCUACUGCAGUGUCCUUUUCCUCACCUGCAUCAGUGUGCACCGCUACCUGGGCAUCUGUCACCCGCUGCGGGCGCUCCGCUGGGGCCGCCCGCGAUUUGCAAGUCUUCUCUGCCUAGCUGUGUGGCUGGUGGUAGCUGGCUGCCUCGUGCCCAACCUGUUCUUUGUGACAACCAGCCCCAGUGGGACCACCAUCCUGUGCCAUGACACCACCCGGCCUGAGGAGUUUGAUCACUAUGUACACUUCAGUUCGGCGAUCAUGGUGCUGCUCUUUGGCUUGCCUUUCUUGGUCACCCUGGUCUGCUACGGACUCAUGGCCCGACGACUGUAUCGCCCUUUGCCGGGAGCUGGACAGUCAUCGUCUCGGCUCCGCACGCUCCGCACCAUUGCUGUCGUGCUGACUGUCUUUGCUGUCUGCUUUGUACCGUUCCACAUCACCCGCACAGUUUACUACCUGGCAAGGCUAUUGAAAGCUGACUGCCAGGUGCUGAACACGGUCAACGUGGUCUACAAAGUGACCCGGCCCCUGGCCAGUGCUAAUAGCUGUCUGGAUCCAGUGCUCUAUCUGUUCACGGGGGACAAGUAUCGACGCCAGCUCCAGCGGCUAUGUAGAGGUACAGGGCCCCAGCCUCGGACUAUGGCCUCCUCCCUGGCACUGGUGACCCUGCAUGAGGAAAGCAGCAGGUGGGCAGACACCCACCAGGACGUCAUCUUCCCUACAUAACCCCAGACACCGGCUAUAAAAGGAAUGGGGGUAACUGCAGGAUGGAGGGGGACAGAGGGAAGGGAGCCUGUUAGUGAUACCUGAUGAGGGGCUGCUCUCUUUUCAGUCCACCUUUGGGGCAGUUACUCCUCGGUCUCUACUUCUUUCUGUUUUUCUGUCCUUUCCUGGGGCCCCUGAUUCGAUUUCUAGAACCCACAAGACUUCCUCAGUGCUCUUUGCCCUUUCUGCCUCCCCGGCCCUUCCACAGCAUGCCUUUCUCCAACCAGAGUAGGGAAUUCAGCCAGAGGGGUGAAGGGUGGAGCGAUCUCAAGACCGGCCUGAUGUAUAUAAUGGAGCAAGCCAGAAUCAGGAAGCUGGGGAGCUAGCAUAUCACAGAUGACAUAUUUGCUAUACGUAGCAUCCACACCCACUUCCUGGCUCCCUCUCAAAGACAAGCUGGUCUUACCUGCCAAGGUGCUGAAAUAGGAUACAAGACCUCCAAACCUGCCUGGCAGAGCUCCACCAGCACCUAGAAGCUUGGUGCUGUUGAGCUGCUGAGCAGCCGUGAGGUAGAGAACUGCCCUUGAGGGGCGACCCUGCAGAACUUCUGGAGGCAGAGUCCAGGCUGACAGCAACCUUGGGAAGAAGAAUGAGACUAGAUCCACCCCUGGGACUGUGGAGAAUGUAUUUGAUAGCUCCCAUAUGUUUAAUGAAAGGAAGAGUGGACAGCUCUGACUGAGAGGGAAGAAGACCUCUUGAGUCCAUUGGCUCCAAGUUCUAGAACAGAUGGGCAGAGCAGGUUUGUGCAAAGGAUAGGGCGUUGACAGGAAUAGACGCCCAGAACUGGCUCUUGACUGGUCUCUCCUCUUUCUCUAACUCUAGUUUGAUAAAGGAUAAACCUGUCACCAGCUCGUUCUGAAUCGGGCUGUAGCAUUUCAAGGCAGGGUGUGGCACUCGGUUUUGCACCUGUUCAAUCCUCUUGCCACAGCACCUAAUGAGCUUGGAGGACCUGGUGGGUGUAUGGAGCCAGGGGAACUCAAUCCCAAACCUGAGAGUUAAGAGUUUCUGGGCGGGCUUUCAUGAGAAGGGAAAUCUAUUUUCAGCCUCUUUUCCUAGGAAAUCACCUUAGAGCCUAUGGGCCUUCUGAGUCAGACCCCAGCCUUUGCUGCCCUCUCUGGUUGCCUACUCAUCUACUGAUACCAAGUUCUGAUUGGCUUCUAAGUGUUCUCUCUGUCUCUGGAGAGUAGGGGAGGGAGGUGCUAGGCUGCAGAGUAAAGCAGCUUAAUCUUCGUGCCCCUCUGCCCUCCUUUCCAGUCUUUACAGGGAUUCUCUCCCUUGGAACACAAGAGUUCUUCUAAUAGUAGUAAAUUAUUGACCUUUUUAAAAAAUUCUUGCCAGGAUCUCACUCCUAAGGCCACAGCCCCCUUGCCUGUCACCUGUCCUACCUAAGAUCAUUCUCUUCAAGCUCCUCCAUUGAGUCAGGCUCCAUAACUCCAAGCUGCUUAGUCAAGACUAACUUCCUGGAGUGUACAGACUGUUACUAUGUACCUCUGUCUAGCCUAGAACUAGCUACAGAGACGUGGGUGGCUUUGAACUUAGAGAUCCACCUGCCUCUUUGCCUCUCUGAGUGAUGGGAUUAAAGACGUAUGCCACCAGGGCCUUAUUCGUUUAUUUUUUCCCUUUGUCUUUUCCAUUACUUCCAUUACUGAUUUUAUACUUUACACUGAUUUUAUAUCAUUUACAAAAGCCAUAAGCACUC